CAUCAAGACACGCCAACAGAAAUACUCCACACAGUGUUAUUGGAGGUGGUAAAGUAUUUUUGGGGUCAGACAGUUAAUCUUCUCGAGAAGGCAAAACUUUUGGAUCUUUUUCAGACACAUCUUGACUCAAUUGCAAAGGACAGAUUCAAUGCUCUAUGUCUAAAUGCUGAUUACAUUUGCCACUAUAAGGGCAGUCUCAUUGGAAAACACUCCAAGAGCUUGGCCCAGGUAAUGCUGUUUCUCAUUCAAGACUUGUUGCCAAGGACGGCACUUGAUGGGUGGACAAUCAUUGGUGAGCUUGUCAUGCUAAUUUGGCACACGACAAUUGAUGAUACAGAGAUAUACUUGGCAAAGCUCUCCUGGACUAUUGAAGAUUUCAUUAACAUUACAGCUCAAUGCGCAUCCAGCAUCCUUAUUUCAAAGCCAAAGUUUCACUUCUUGGUCCACCUUCCUGCAUAUAUCCAACACUUUGGACCACCAAUUUUAAUUUCCACCAAA